AUGUCAAAGAAGCCUAUUUUCGCAGCAACGCAUCCUCGGGCAUGCUCGACAGCUUUUGAGCGCGUCUUCAUGACGUGCCAGGAUACGCUUCAGUGCCUUCACGAGCCUUUCGGCGAUGCGUUCUAUUAUGGGCCUGAAAGACUAAGUGAGCGUUAUGAGAACGAUCCGAAGGCGCGAAAAGAGACCCAACAACAGGGCAAGCGCGUCUUCAUCAAAGACAUGGCCUACUACCUGAUGCCCCCAGACCGAAAGCCCGCAUCAAUCGCGCCGUCUCUCCUGUCAUACGACACUGGUGCCACCAACGGCAGCAGCACCAUCGCCCAGCAUCCCUCCGCCACGCACAGCGCCGAGCCCGCCGGUAACCCGACCGUCGUGCCCGCAAACCUCCUGUCCCGCUUCCACUGGACCUUCCUGAUCCGGCACCCGCGCCACAGCCUGCCGUCGUACCACCGCUGCACGGUCCCGCCGCUCGCCGCCGUCACGGGGUGGUCGCACUACCUGCCGUCCGAGGUGGGCUACGGGGAGCUGCAGCGGCUAUUCGAUUACCUGCGGGGUGUGGGGAUCGUUUCUGCUGGUCAGGGUGGGAGUAGUAGCGAGGAGGCGGUGGAGGUUUGUGUUAUCGAUGCGGAUGACUUGCUGGAUGAUCCGGCUGGUGUGGUUCGGCAGUAUUGCGAGAGCGUGGGAAUUGAGUUCAGGCCAGGGAUGCUGAGGUGGGGUGGUGAAGAGGGGGGGAGUCGCGGGGUGGCGGAGGAGAAGUUUCGGAAGUGGAAGGGGUGGCAUGAGGAUGCGAUUCAGUCGACGGAUCUGAAGCCGAGGGCGCAUUUCUCUGAGAAGAAAAAGAGCCCUAAGUCGGACGAAGAGCUUAACGCGGAAUGGGUCGACAAGUUUGGAGAGGAAGGAGCCAGGGUUAUCAAGGAGACUGUGGAGAACAAUGUUGCAGACUACGAGUACCUCAAGCAAUUUGCUAUGAAGGUGUAG